AUACGGACGUCAGAUUAGGUCAAUCUGGCUGAGCAGAGAAAAGGCAGCAAGUGAUCGAGUAGAGCAAUGGCCGCCCAGGCACCGGAGAUGGAGGUCCCCAAGGGUGCCGAGCUCCUGCAGGCACAGGCCGACCUGUGGCGCCACACCCUUUACUACCUCACGUCCAUGGGGCUCCGCUGCGCCGUCAAGCUCGGCAUCCCGACGGCGAUCCACAACCUCGGCGGGGUCUCCUCGCUGGCUGACCUGGCGGCCGCGCUGUCCAUCCCCGCAAGCAAGCAGCCGUUCCUUGGCCGCCUGAUGCGCGCGCUGGUCACCUCAGGCGUCUUCGCCAACGGCGGCAAGAAUGACUCUGGGGCAGAGCUCUUCGGCCUGAACCCACUGUCCCGCAUCCUGGUGGACGGCGUCGUCGCGGACGAGCACCACAGCCAGACGUCCUUCGUGCUGGCUGGGACGUCCCGGCACUACAUGGAAGCUGCGCUGGGCAUGGCUGACUGGUUCAAGAAGGACGCCACCGGACCGGUGCCAUCGGUGUUCGAGGACGUGCAUAGUGCGUCCCUCUUCGACGAGAGCACGGCGGCCUUGGACCCGGAGCUCGACGCACUGGUCACAGAUGGUCUGGCCGCCCACGACAACCUUGGGAUCGGCACCAUCAUCCGUGAGUGCCAUGACCUCUUCAAGGGCCUUGAGUCUCUAACUGACUGCUGCGGUGGCGAUGGAACCACGGCGAGGGCCAUCACCAAGGCCCACCCGCACAUCAAGUGCACCGUGCUGGAUCUCCCCAAGGUGAUCGACAAAACUUCAGCUGACGGUAUAGUCAACUAUGUCGGCGGUGACCUGUUCCACACCGUCCCAAAGGCUCAGGCGGUGAUGCUCAAGCUUGUGUUGCACCACUGGAGCGAUGAUGAUUGUGUGAAGAUCCUAACCCAGUGUAAGAAUGCCAUUCCCUCACGUGAGGAGGGAGGAAAGGUGAUUGUCAUAGACAUUGUGGUGGAACCAUCGUUAGGACCAGUCAUGUUUGAGGCGCAGACUCUGAUGGACAUACUCAUGCUUGUCUUCACGAGAGGCCGUCAGCGUAGUGAAAGUGACUGGCAUGUGUUAUUCACCAAAGCAGGGUUCAGCGAUUAUAAAAUUGUCAAAAGACUGGGUGCACGAGGUGUUAUCGAGGUCUACAAGUGAACGGUUUCUUAAAAGUCCACCCAAGGAGUACCCUGAUGUACCCUUGCAUGCAGUGUGCUUUGUUUAUGUAUGGAUGGUCUGCUUUGAUGAAAAAAAUAAAUGGACUGCCUUAGGUUUGCAAGGAUAUUAUCAUGUAGCAGCCUACGUGACAAGCUUGUAAUUUCUGUCAUCUUUGUAUCAUAUUUCCUUUUCCAAUAAUUAAUAUCGAGUGUGUUUGUGUAUAUAUUGAUAUAAUGAGUGUUUUUAGUUCU